GCUAUUUUCAUGGGAGAUGAAAUCUGUUGAUUACGUCGAUUACUUGCGCUCCUAACAAAACUUUUGAAACGCGUUUUACAUAACCGAAUUCCAAUAUACAAACCUCUUUUAACGCUCACACGGACGAAAUUGGAUUAUUCCAGAAGAUAAUCUCAUUGACGAUAAUCAGGUUUAUUUUUUACGAUGGCGCGAUGCUUUGCGGGACACGUGAUCUAUUCCAUCCAAUCAUGGCGCGGCAAUGUUAUUCAUCUCUUCUUUGUUCGGGAUUUAUCAACGUUAUUGACUAAAUUAUUCGUUUAUAGUUUAUGGAUUGUAUAUGCAUCAUAUCUUUAAUAAUUAGAGGACGUUAUUGGCGCAUACUCUUUAAAAAUGAAGACGUGUUUUUUUAUGUCCUCUUUAAACCGAGAUCACGUGACUCUCCCUGAAUGGGGAAGAAGAAGGUCGGACAUGUUUGAGGGAAAUGUGUUGAAUAAAGAAACGUGGCCGAAGACAAGAAGAAAAUCCGGAUUUUCCCCCCAAACAAUGAGGAAUUCGACGUCUUUUGUUUUUCCAUUUUAUUUCCAAUUCAUUUAAUCUGGCUAUAGGUAUAUAUGUAAACAGAUUUAGAUUUUUUUUUUAUUAGAAAAAAAAAUGGUUUAAUUGUGAAACAUUGCUACAUUUAAUUAGUUAGGCGUUCUGAUUUAAUUAAUUUAUAGAUAACAUGGAAUUAGGUCGGUUUUGGUUUUCCACAUUCUAUGACAUUGUUUCGGUUGUGUAACCUUGGUAGUGGGGGAUGGGAUGGGUGGCAGCACAUUUACCAAACAUCUGUUGUCCUGUGCUACUUUUAAUUUGAAGAUAACUUUUUUUUUAAAUAGUUUGUUGUGUCAGAAUAUUUAUAUCCAGGCAAAUACCGUGUAUUAUUAUUCUGAUCUGGAGAAGGCAUUUCGUGUAUUUAUGUAUUUCAGGCGUCUUUUACUUUUAAUUACACGCAUUAUUUGAAAAUGUUAUUAAGAGUUAUUGUAGUUGCAAGGAAGUAUUGGAAAGAAACAAACAUAAUUUGGGUUAUGUGGAUCAUUUUGGCUGCGGCCUAGUAGGUAGUAGUAUUUUUUCACUUCUGUUUAAAUACUGUAUAUAAUUGCGAUAGUCCAAUUAAUGUCUACCGUCGUUUUGUUUGUUUUGGCACGCAUUUCAGCGCUAAAAUAUGUUUUUAAACCACUGCUUGGCGUCUCUUCAAAACUUCAACAUUGCUGCGUCAUUUCAUAGAGGACACUCCUUGUAUGCCAUUUUGAAUCGAGAGAGAGAGAGCAUGAAGAAGGGCGUGGAGUUGAAGCUUUUGUUGGGGCUGAGUGUGCUAUAUUUAAUCUUCAACGCUGCUUUUUUAGUACAAAUGUUUAAAUGUGCAAAAAAUAAUAAUACUGCUUUUUCAGUUGUAAUUUUUUGUGUCUUAGCAAUAUUACAAAGUUGCUUUUAUACGUUGUGAAUUUAUUUAUUGUUAUUUUGUGUGUAGUUAUACACCGUUUUAGAGGAACAGUUUGUAAAGUUAGAUGAUCUCUGCGUUUGUCUAACCGGGUGGACCAAUGACGUUAUUCCAACUUGCCACGGAUGAUCACUCCUUAGUUUUGAGGGACCAAUCAGUGAAGUCCGUUGGACUUGAGUUGACGUAACAGAAACCUUGCGACACGCAGUGUUUCUGAGAACGUAAUCAUAUGCUUGAGUGUUUAAAAGUAUUCACAAGACUGUUUUUGUUUAACGCUGGUCUCUUUGCUUUAGUGGAGGUCAUGCUUUAAUUAACAAGUGUUUUUGUGCGAAGUAGUCUGCUGUAAAUCCUCAAAUCGUGCUCAGGAACGAUGUGAAGGCGUGGUCUAUGUGACUGGCAGAUAGGGUGGCCAAUAGAACACGAGUGGGCGUUCGCGUUUAUCGUUGCAUCAGCCAAUGGAGUCCUCGUCGGGUUUAUAAAUAGUCGGGCGGAGCCACAACGUUGCCAUUUCAUUGUAGCUGUUAGCAGGAGGAUAAAGGAGGUCAGAACAAGCCGCGAAACUCGGACGUUCGCACGAAACCGGUUUAGAAACUGAAUCCGGAUCCAUCCCGAUGGAGACGGCAUUCUGCCCGCCCUUUGACAGCUAUUUGGGUGGGGGUGAUGGAAUGCAGGGUUUCACAAUGAUGGAGCAGACCAUCUCCGGACCUUGCAAGCGCAUCCGCAAGCCGUCGCUGCUGUACGAAGGUUUUGAAGGUCCUGCUCUGCCCCAGACACCUCAAUCUGGACCCUACCAACCCCCUGUGCGGGACCCCACUCGACAGGGCCGCGUGACCAACCAGCUGCAGUUCCUCCAGAAGGCUUUACAUAAGACUUUAUGGAGGCAUCACUUUGCCUGGCCCUUCCAUGAGCCGGUGGAUGCUGCCAAGCUCAACCUUCCUGACUACUUUAAAAUCAUUAAGCAGCCAAUGGACUUGGGCACCAUCAAGAAAAGACUGGAAAACAAUUAUUACUCCAGCGCCGGCGAGUGCAUGCAGGAUUUCAACACAAUGUUCACCAAUUGCUACAUCUACAACAAGCCAACAGAUGACAUUGUCCUGAUGGCUCAGUCUCUGGAGAAGGCUUUCCUGCAGAAGGUGGCACAGAUGCCCCAAGUUGAAGAAGAAAUCCCACCACCUGCUCCAAAGGGCAAACCAGGAAAGCCCAAAAAAGGCUUCAAAUUAACCCCAGGUGGAAUGACGACUGCUCAUCAGGUCUCCGCUAUAUCCUCUUUGUCCCAGUCGAUCUACUUGCCUCCCACUCCCGACACUCCAGACUAUCUGCUCUCCACCCCACCUCAGACAAUUCUAGCCAAGUCUGUGCCUACCACUCCGCAUGGCACCCCCGCUCUACUGGGCCUGCUCACUACCCAACCUACUGCUAAGAAAAAGGGUGUCAAGCGCAAGGCGGACACAACUACUCCCACCACCACAGGCAUGCCCCUCAACUUGGGCAUGGGUGGCAUUAAUCUUGGCAUUGGCAGCAAUGACUCCCCACUCACCCUUUCUGCUUUAGGGGUGGACUCCAAACAUAGCUUGUCACUUGGCCUGAGCCAUGUUGGAGGCCUGGUUGGAGACAAAGUUUUGGCAAGACGAGGAGGUAGUGGCAGGCCCAUCAAGCCACCCCGGAAAGACUUGCCGGACUCCCAGAAUCAACAUCAACCGGUGCGACGUGGGAAACUUAGUCAGCAGCUGAAAUACUGCAGCGGGAUACUGAAGGAGCUGCUGUCAAAGAAGCAUACAGCCUACGCCUGGCCCUUUUACAAGCCAGUGGAUGCUUCGUCAUUGGGACUGCAUGACUAUCACGAUAUUAUCAAGUAUCCAAUGGAUCUUAGCACAAUAAAGAGGAAAGUGGAGCAUCGGGAGUACAGAGAUGCACUACAGUUUGCUGCUGACAUCAGACUAAUGUUCUCAAACUGUUACAAGUACAAUCCCCCAGACCAUAACGUGGUGGCCAUGGCCCGAAAAUUACAGGAUGUCUUUGAGUUCAGCUUCGUCAAGAUGCCUGAUGAGCCCCUGGUCUCUGUCCCACCUGAAUCCAUGGGCAUCGGCCUUGGCGGUCACUCAUCCUCAUCUUCCUCGUCAUCGUCAGAGAGUGACGUGAGCAGCGAGAGUGAGAGCGAGAACAGCAGAAGCGCCGACAGUGAGGAGGAGCGAGCAUAUCGCCUGGCCCAGCUUCAGGAACAGUUGAGGGCGGUGCACGAGCAGCUGGCUGCACUCUCCUCCACACCCAUGAUUAAGCCUAAAAAGAAGAAAGACAAGAAGAAAAAGAAGAAGCCAGAGAAACAUAAGCGAGGGAAGAGUAUGAUGGAGGAUGAGGUGGUCACACGGCCGGCAAAAAUGCCAAAACUCUCCAAGACACCAAAGAGCCGUAGCAACAGCAAAUCUGCGGGUUCCACUCAGGGCAAGAAGGGCUCCAAUAAGAAGAGCAACAAGAGCAAAUCCUCAAAGAAAUCUCAAUCGGCCACCUUCAAUUCUUUUCCCAUGAGCCACGGUGGCCUUACUCCCCACUAUGACUCUGAGGAAGAGGAGGAAACCAGUCCAAUGAGCUAUGAUGAGAAACGGCAGCUCAGUCUGGACAUCAACAAGCUGCCGGGCGAGAAACUGGGCCGCGUCGUCCACAUCAUCCAAGCACGAGAGCCCUCGCUACGUGACACCAACCCAGAGGAGAUUGAGAUCGACUUUGAGACUCUCAAACCAUCAACACUGCGGGAGCUGGAGCGCUACGUUAUGAUGUGUUUAAGGAAGAAACCACGGAAACUAUUUGUGGCAACCAAAGCUGUGGCAGGUAAAUCCCGUGAGGAGUUAACCUUGGAGAAGAAGAGGGAACUUGAGAGAAGACUGCAGGAUGUUAGUGGUCAACUCAACUCUGCCAAGAAACCACAGAAAAAUAAAGCGGAGAAGCCCACCACGGUGGAACCUCACUCCAUGGCCUCUCGCCUCAGUGCCAGCAGCUCCAGCUCAGACUCCUCUUCAUCCUCUUCCUCAUCCUCUGACACCAGUGAAUCAGACUCUGGCUGAGCGAUUUGAAAGUACGGACAUGGAGCUUUCACCUUAAAAACAUGCACUCCAUCCCAGACCAGAAUUGGACCCCUGAACUAAAAUAACAAAGGAAUGAAAAGGAAGAGUUGGCUUUUCUCUCUUAGACGUGAGCAGAGGGAGUGUUAAUGAGAAAAUUUACGAAUUUCGGGGUAAUAUUGGACUGAGACAUGUGAGAAGAAGCUGAUGGAAAAGCAGCCCAGUGCGUUGUCUGAUUUGGGACUCCUUUGUGUGUGUAUAUAUGUACAAAGCUAUGUAAAUAUCUACUUUCUUUUAUAAAGAAGAAUUUUAACGAUUUCCCUGAUAGGGAAACAUAUAUAUAUUUUUUAGUGUGAAUCUUUUUUAUUUUUUUUUCUCACCCUCUUUGUUUGACCUGUUUGUCCUAAAGAAAACAACAGGCUUGGAUGAACCUCUUUUACUGUUGUUUGCACGAGUGAGUGUAUGAUCUGUAUGCAUGUGUGCCACUGAAUCCAGUGGUUGGAAAACCACAUAGGGUGCAUUUACACACUUGUGCUUACAUUGAUGCAUUGCAGCUUGGCUCGGCAUUUGAAUGAACCUUCCAAGCUUUAGUGAAAACAGAGCUCCACCUAUUCAAAUGACAUCUGUUGACCCAGCAGAUAAGAGAAGAGGGAAUUGCAUCACCCAUCUGUGUUCAAUAGGCAACCUGUUGGCUUUAGUGGUGUUUUAAAACUUGAAUCCUUUCCCUUCUCCUUAUUGCCUGCUUUAUUCUGAUCAGAAACCAUGUGCUCAAAUUAAUUGGUUUUGACAGUUCUAUUAUUUUAAAUACAAACAAACACUCUUUGAGUUUGUUUCCUUGUACAUAUAAGUUAAAUGUGACUGUAACCACAUGGUAAAAAAUACAAGUCGUAAAUGAAUAGCUCCAUGUCAGAGGUACAGAGCUGCUUAAUUCAGUGUGAAUAUGGAAACUGUUUUGUAAAUUUUGUUUUUUACGGUCAUUUUGUUUGUUUUGCACAUUUAUUCAUUAUUAUUUGCCCAGAGAAUUGAUGCACAAUCAAUGGGGUAAACAAAAUUAACCACCACUCAUAUUUAGGAAAUCCAGGAUUAUAAAGAUUGAAAAUAUAGUUUCUAUAAUAUAGAAACACCAUAGAACAUGCUGUUACGCAAAAUAACGUUUUUAUUGUUUAUUUUUUCAAAAUGGGGGAAUAUGUAACAAUUUCACAGCCUUGAGCUUGCAUCUGUCAAUUUGACCCAAUUUCUGUAUACUCCUUUUUUUUUUUCUUGUUGGUUUACUCUUGUCUUUAGAUCUUUCUUUUUAGUGUUAUGGUUGGUAUGUUCCACAGCUGAUUAUAGUUUAGUGUUUUUAUAGAUGACGGCAAAACAUAAAUGGAUGAUUCAUGCGACCACAAUUCUCAUCUGAAAAAGUCCACGUUAAUAAAGAGGGUGAG